AGGUGCGCGCAGGGGGACCUGUUGGAAAUGACGGGAGCUGAAUUCCUGUUUCAGCACAGAAACCACAACAAGCAGCCCGGAGUGUGAAGCAGAGAGCAGCGAGCCGGCGGAAAACAGGGUAAUGCUCAAUGGAGACGCUCAUGAGUGCCGUGGCCCCGCGCGCACCGGCGGCGGUGAAGCGGGUGUCCGAGGUGGACUUCCGCUCGGGCACGACGCUGGAGCAGCUGUCGGCGCAGGUGCAGGAGCUAGUGCUGCUGGAACAGGGCGAGUUUGGAGACCAGACCGCGCUCGAGGUGCACACGGCCAAAGACUUCAUCUUUAACAUGCUGGGGUUGGUGCAGAAGGUUGACAAGCGACUGCCGGUUGCCAAUGAGUACCUAUUGUUGUCAGGUGGGGCCAGGGAAGGUGUUCUUGACCUUAACCCAGAGGACCUAGGUGACUACGCCAAAGGUGUAGACUUUGAUUUGGACUUCACUCUGCUGGUGCCUGCUCUUAAACUUCAUGACCGCAAUCAGCCUGUGACGCUGGACAUGAGGCAUUCGCCACCAUGCCAUUCAUGGCUGAGUCUGCGCCUAUGUGACCCUACAAUGCUGGCACGUUGGCAUAUCUGCUGUCAAGACGAGAAUAAUAGAGAGAAUAAUGAUGAUGAGGAGGAGGAAGAAACUGGUGUACUACGAGGUUCAAUCCCUUCCCUGCAGCCUCCUCAGUCAUUAGAUGGAUGCUACUUCUCUCCAUUAUUGGUCGCUGAUUGGUUCUGGAGUGUAGUUGUGACGGCGGUGGAAGAGUUGCGACAGAAUCCUCAAAGAGGGAUUCCUGUUCCUGAUCGUGUGGAGCGGAAUGGGCCACUUACCACACUGAUUCUCACUGCAGGAACUAGCCGUAUCCUCUACGACCUGCUUCCAGUGGUGUCGUUUCGAGGCUGGCCAGCUGUCGCACAAGGCUGGCUCACGACCAACCAUUUCUGGGAUGGCAAAAUAACAGAAGAGGAGGCCAUUAGUGGAUUCUAUCUGCUUCCGUGUUGCUCUCCAGCUGUCAGCUCCUCAAUCAGACCUGACCGUGAAUGGAGACUUGCCUACUCCCGCAGUGAGGUGCAGCUAAAAAAAUGCGUGCCCUACCCAAUGGCACAAGCCUUCCAAGCAGCUAAAGCUGUACUUUCAAGACUUUUAUCCCUCGCACUGGGUCUUAGCCUCUACCACCUACGUACCUUGAUGUUUGGGCAUGCGAUCUGAUUGCCUUCUACGUACCUUAGUGUUCCAGAUCAUGAGACGCCUGCACGGCUGUUCCUUGGUCUUCUUGAUGACUUGGCUCAUUGUAUUCUGGGCAAAAAUUGUCCUAAUUACUUCCUUCCACAGUGCAACAUGUUAGAGCACCUCUCGGACAGUGCAGCUCUGUUAGUUGCACGGAAACUUGCACAUUUACGUUCUGAUCCGGCAGAGCACUUAAGAGCAGCUUUGGAUCAGGCACAACAAGCCAUGCCAACUCAAGGCGUGAGGCUGCGGAAGCUGCGAGCAAUGGCAAUGGCUAUCUUCACAAGCCAAGGAUAUGGUGCUGGAUCACCACAAGAUGACCGGCUAGCACAACGACUGCAACAACUUGUGACCGAAAACCCGGGCAAGUCCAUUUCCGUUUUCCUCAACCCAAGAUGACGUACACGUCCGCAUUUCCGCAUUGAUGAUAAGUUCUACUGAGCAGACUGGUUUACACACUGCCAAAAGUACUAAAACCAUAGACAACUGAAUUUAUAGAGGACAUAAUCAUGCCACUGUGCUUCUGUAUUUAACCAAAUCAUCCAUUGAGAGUUUUCUCUCUGACUUGCUUGACAAGGCUGACUACAAUCAAAGCUCCUACUUGACACUCCAUUGUCACAAAUGUCAAGAAGAACAAAAGUAACAGGAGAAAGGAUAGAAUUUAGAAGCAACUCACACGUAUCCUGAUGAAAUCCCAAUUGUCUGACUGUACAUCAAGUAGAUUUGAUCCAACGAUAUUACUCUGUAGAGUUUGAUGGGUGUUUUAACCUACUACUCAAUACUACUAAGAAUAGACACUGCUUCUGUUUUCUGCUGUAUUUCACAGUGAAUCCCGAGGGCAGUAGAACUGGAAAACCAACUAGGCCAAGGUACAAUAUGAUGAAACUGAAUGUAAUUUUAUUAUUUUUUUGGUAUGUGUGGGGAGAAGUUUGUGACUAUUGAUCACAUAAGCUUCUCUUUCUUCAGUCUGUCAGUUACCCUGCUUGCUCCCCUUCUCAGGUACAUUUUAUUUCUUUCAACUGCUGAGUUUUGAGCCGUUCUAAAGUCAAAAACAACAAAAGCGGAAAGAGAGGAAAAAGACUAGGACGAACUCUCAAAUCCAGGCCUUGACGUUUAAGAAGCUGUUGUACAGCCGUAGAUACUAUCUUUUUGAAACAAAUACUGUUCAAAGAUAUUUUUGUUUAUGUCUUAGAUUUUGAAGUUCGACACUGAUGAUAGUCUCUGAAACUUGAUAUAAUAUUUUAGGUUCUGGUUAGUGAUUGAUUGAACUGAUGAUUAAUGCUGAUUGCGUAUCCUCUUGGUUUCUGAUUGGAUUCUAAUCUGCACAUGAAGAGUAUGUGUUAGUGUUAUUCUAAGGGCUUUAAUUUGUCAAUCAUUGGUGCAUAUUUCUAGAACAAAGAUGCUUUGGAAAGUAGGGUCUUGUGUCGAUAAAGGUUUGCCAACACUGUGCACUGGAACUAGAUCUAGUGCAGGCAACACUAGAGAAAGGAUAGAGAGAAUGUGUAAACAAACAGAAGACUUUUUUGGUAUGUUUGUGUGUGAACGGGUUCUACAGUAUCUGGCUUUUGCAGAUUUGCAUUGGUGGCUCUGGGAGGCAGAGAUGGAUGGAGAAAGUCAAACGCGACGUCCACGGGAUAGAUUAGGCCGAACCAAUGGGACUCGCGGGACUGCAGACAUCUGCUCGCCCUCACUCAUUGUCGCUUUCGGUCUCCUUAAAUCCUUCCCUCUGCAUCAGCCUCAAUCUCUGGCUGUUUUUUAUCCAUCUCUACCUUCUUGACUGCGCUCAAGGAUUAAAGAACAAUGUUACAUGUGUAUUCAGCAUAAAUCGCAUUAGUGCCCAGUGGGAGUUGGCAGACUUUUCAUGUGUGAUGCUGACAUGGCUGCUGCGCCUAUAGAGAGCAAUCAGCAACAGUGUUGCCUUUGAAUGACAGCAAAAUGGCAAGGAAAAAGCUUUUUCUAGAGUAUUUCUUAUUCAAUUAUGUGCUACUGAGUAGAGUUGCUCAUGGUUACACAUUUGUCUGCUGUAUGCCAAGAAAAAGACACCAAAGAGAGGUUUGAUAAGGUGGAAUAUCAUGAGUUCUUAAAGAAAGCAGAUGUAUCUGUGUGGAUAUAGUCAGGGUUUGACACUGUAUACCUUAAAAGGCCUAUUUAGUGGGUUUAUAUCAUAAAAUGCUUGAAUCAAUAUUCGUAAUGCUGUUUUAAAUGUUUUUCUGCGUAUAUUAUGAGCGUUGUUUAGCACAAUACCUGAUAUUCAAAUGAACAGUGGUACUAUGCAAGAUUUCAGAAUCAUCUCUGUGAUUGAGAUGUUAAGGCCUACCGUGGCUGUUAUAAUUACCAAGAGUGUUUUAUACAGUAAUUUCAUUGGCAAAAAAAAUGAAUCUGCGUCAGGGCAUGAUGAAAUGUUCCGGAUGCAUUUCAGGUUAAGUGUCUGAAGGAAGCCAAAGCACAUUUGUUUUCCUUCCUAGCUUUGUAAUGAUGUGGUCCCAGUGUUUCUUGAUCUGACAGCAUAAUCCCUUGGGUCGUGCCGUGUUUUUUUUUUAAUCUGAAAAGAAAAUACGAAUGUAAACAUAUUUUACCUCUUGAGUUCAAUGAAAUCACACUCCCUGAAUGGACAUAGAACGAUGUAUAUUUAUGUGGUACCAAAUAUUCAUACGUUUAUCUUUAUUUAUCGAUUGUGCCUCAAAAGGCAUUUAAUUAUAAAUUUUUUUAAAGUAAUGGUGUGAAGAUGCUGGUCGUAGCAUGAAAUAAAAUAUUAGAUCAA